GUGCCUUCUCUAUUGGCAGAGAGUAUUUACAGCUGGAGCGCUAAUAUUAAACCUGUACUGGGUUAUAAAUACUCACUGGCAGGCAGGGUAACUUCCCCCUCUUCACUCUGAUGGAAGCAGUCACUACAAGUAGCCCACCUUGCACUGAUCUGAAGCAGUUCAGGCCCUCAGGAACCAGCAGCACACAAAGGAGCUGACUGCAGGGCAAUGGGCAAGUUACAGGUAUGGGAGAAUGCCUUAUCCACUGUUCUGUGGUCGUUACUGGUCCCAAAAUCAGGAUUUAUGAAGUGGCUGACAGUGUCUGACAAAUCAGAUGGAUGGGAGUUGCUUCAUGCAAACUGCAAAGUAUCUUUCAGCUGCUGCCAAAACACAUGGAAAUGGUAACUCACACUUUGUAGAUCAUUAGGACACUUGGGAGCUACUGGAGUGCACAUGAAAGGCAUUACUCAAAGUUCAGAUUGAGUGAUUUCUUUAGAAAUAACUAACAAUGUUGUAAGGGUAAUGCAAGCAUGAAAAUCAUCAUUCCUAGUGCUGCCCUGGGAUGAGUAUGUGCCAAAGGAACACAGGGAGAGAAGCUUUCCAUACUGGGAGAUGAGACUGUGCUCUGUAAGUAGGAGAGCAGCCAUCAAUGUGAUGAACAGUCGUUCCUCUUGAAUUGGCAGCUUCUCCUGGCAGCAUACAUAAAACUCCAAAAGGCUUUCUUUUAUAAAUAUAUGGAAGUAGAAAGGAGGAAGUCCAUAAAUGAUAAUAAUCCAGACAGUGGAAUUAUACAGAAACUGUGUGAUGGAAGAUGCAGGAAAAACAAUUAUGGAAGUGGAGUAGGAUUUCUUCCACAGACAUAGGAGACAUUCCUUAAACGUGCAUUUCAUAGUCCGUAAGAAGUCUGAAGAAGGAAAAGGGCAAGCUGCUUGGGCUUUAAUCCAUGUGGGAAGGCCAAGGUGGGAGCUAUGCUUCCAGUUGGCUUUCCUCUCUCCCCUGUUGUUUCCUCAACUAAGAAGGAAGGAUGACAAAUAUCUGGAGGCAGCUCCAUUGCAUUGCUGCUGCUCCCUGCAGCUUGUUGACUUCUCCGGGAUUUGGGUACCAGAAGGAGAACCGGUUUAGUGGAUCUGAUCUGAAUCUUGAUAAAGGAAGCAGCACAUCAGUGUGUAGAGAUGAACAGACUCAACAGGCAGAUUAAAGCUUCAGGUAUUGCCUGCUGUCACUCAAGACUGCAUCCAUGCUUUCCCCCUGUGCUAUGGAGCCUUUGUUUGGGGUUUUGUUGGGUUUGGUUCUGGUGGUACCCCCAUCAGCGCAGAACAAUUGCACCUGUGAGACCAACAAGUUGAUGGUGUGUGCCCAGCAUGGACCUGAGAACUGCACCUGCACACUGGUGGGUUCAAAUCACAAGGUAGACUGCUUAAGACUGGCUUCAGAAUGCUUGCUUAUGAAGGCAGAAAUGAUCCUCUGCAAGGAGAAGCGCUUCUGGGGCCAUCCCCAUGGGCUGUUAAGUACUGAUGGUAUUUACAAUCCAGACUGGGAGGACAGUGGUAUCUUCAAAGCCAGGCAGUGCAGUCAGAGCAAUGCUUGCUGGUGUGGGAACACUGCUUGAGUGAGAAGAACCAACAAGGGUGACAAAAACCUCAGUAGUGGUGAACUGAUUGGAACAAACUGGAUCUACGUUGAGCUGAAGCACAAAAGGUCCAGUGCCUUCAAUGGUCCUGAUGUAGUGAAUGCCUUGAAACAUUUGUUUGAGAGCUGACACAAACUGCACCCCAGGUACAUCACAGCCAGUAAGUACGUGUUCCCAGUUAUCCCAAUCCAGCUGAACCAGCAGGAGAAAUCCAGGUGUGAUGUGGAUAUAGCUGAUGUAGCCUAUUACUUUGAAACUCAAAAGCCACUGCAGUUUUGCACACAGGAGCUGGGUGCUGGCUUUGGUGAUGCGGGGACAGUGGUGAUGCUGACUGCUGGUGUGGGCAUCACUGUGCUGGCUCUUCUCAGGUGGCUGAGGACAAGAAAAUAUGAGAAAGGUGAGAUUAAACAAAUGGCUGAAAUAGGAGCAUUGAGCUUGCAGCUCUGCAAAAGGAAAGGCAACAACAGGAAGAAAAAAGGCACAAAAUAGGAAUAGCGAACAGACUCUGCCUGUGGAUGGAUUUGGAGAGGUCUUUUCCUUUCUACAGGAAUUUGUACAGUGAUUGUUCUAAAUUAUUCCACUUUAGUAAGAAUGACUCUUGGUGUUGGGGAAAAACUAAUUUGGGAGGCAGUUACCUAAAUAUUCUGAGACCCAAUUGAGAGCCUAAGAACUGCUGCAGCUGUCUAACAUAGAAUGCUUCCGUGGUACUGCAGGCCUGGUUCAGCUUAUUUCAGCACUCUGAGGGUGGUUCUUGGUGUAUCUACUUACUGAUAUUCAAACACUUGCUGUGGCAUAAUUGGGUUGGACAGCUGCUUUUCUGUUGGUAAAGGCUGUUUUUAAAG